GUGGCAGCGGCGGGCGGGGAGCGACGGGGCGGGAGCCGGAAGCGGGCCCGGCAGUGGCGGUGGCAGCGGCUGCGGUGGUGAGGUUAGUUUGGGGAUGUGAAUACAAUGAGUGUAAACCAGCAAGCUCACACGGGGCCUCCUUACGGGCAACCUCAGCCUGGAUAUCAGGGAUACCAGCAGCCUGCCUACGGAGGACAGUCAUUGCCAGGGGUUCCUCAGUCGCAGUAUGGAGCUUAUAAUGGGCCGAUGCCAGGAUAUCAACAGCCAGUCCCUCCACAAGGUUACUUUCCUUCCUUGGGGUUUCCUUCGAAGGGCUCUCCUGUAUCUCUCAACUCUGACACUUCUUCUCUUGCACCUAAUUUCAUAGGUUCAUUAAGAGCCCCGCCAACAUCUGGAGCUCCCCCUCCAGCCUCUGGAGCAUCUCAUCCUUCUGGCCACUUGGCAUACAGUCAGUUUGAACAUGGAGAUGUGCAGAAUGGAAUUCCAGCCUCAGCAGCUCCAAUGCAGAGGCCACCUGCUUCUCAGCCAUUUCUGCCAGGCUCAGCACCCACGCCUGUCAGCCAGAUAUCUACGUUCCAGCAAUAUGGGCCCCCCCCAGCCAGCGUGCAGCAGCUCAGGAAUCACAUGGCAGGGAUGACAAUUGGCAGUACUGCAGCCUCUGCUCCUCCCCCAGCUGGACUGGGCUAUGGGGUUGGACCUUCCUCUUACCCUCCUACCACGGGUGCUCCAAGGCCACCUGCCAUGCCAGGCCCACCACUGCCUGGGCAGACAGUUGCUGGACCACCACCAUCAUCCCAGCCUAAUCAUGUAUCCUCACCACCACCUCCAUCAAGUAUGGCAGGGCUGCACCCUGGGCCUCCCAUGAGUGGUCUUCAUGGACCACCUCCUCCCACUCAUCCUCCUCAGCCAGGAUACCAAAUGCAGCAGAAUGGUUCCUUUGGACAGAUGAGGGGUCCCCAGCCAAACUAUGGAGGAGCCUAUCCAGGAGCACCAAAUUAUGGAAGUCCACCUGGACCUCCUCCUCCACCAAAACGCUUGGAUCCAGAUUCCAUUCCUAGCCCUCAACUUAAUGAGCUGCCACCCCAGCAGAAACCCAGGCACAGAAUAGACCCAGAUGCAAUUCCUAGUCCAAUUCAAGUGAUUGAAGAUGACAGAAAUAACCGUGGGUCAGAACCAUUUGUCACUGGAGUGAGAGGGCAGGUCCCACCUCUUGUUACUACAAAUUUCUUGGUCAAGGAUCAAGGUAAUGCAAGCCCUCGCUACAUCAGAUGCACAUCUUACAAUAUUCCCUGCACUUCUGACAUGGCCAAACAAUCCCAAGUUCCCCUGGCUGCUGUCAUAAAGCCGCUGGCCACUCUGCCACCGGAGGAGACCCUUCCUUACUUGGUAGACCAUGGAGAAUCUGGUCCUGUCCGAUGUAAUAGGUGCAAAGCUUACAUGUGCCCUUUUAUGCAAUUCAUUGAAGGUGGAAGGAGGUUCCAGUGUUGUUUCUGCAGCUGUGUCACUGAGGUGCCACCUCACUACUUCCAACAUUUGGAUCAUACUGGAAAGCGAGUAGAUUUCUAUGACCGACCUGAGUUAUCACUGGGAUCCUAUGAGUUUCUAGCAACAGUUGACUAUUGCAAGAAUAACAAGUUUCCUAGUCCACCUGCUUUCAUUUUUAUGAUUGAUGUGUCUUACAAUGCUGUGAAGAGUGGCUUAGUGAGGCUAAUAUGUGAAGAAUUAAAGUCACUCCUAGAUUAUCUGCCUAGGGAGGGGAACAUGGAGGAAUCAGCCAUUCGAGUAGGCUUUGUCACCUACAACAAAGUGUUACACUUCUAUAACGUGAAGAGCUCACUGGCACAGCCACAAAUGAUGGUGGUCUCAGAUGUUGCAGAUAUGUUUGUGCCACUCCUUGAUGGUUUUCUGGUGAAUGUGAAUGAGUCCAGGACAGUUAUUGCCAGUUUGCUGGAUCAGAUUCCAGAAAUGUUUGCAGACACAAGAGAAACAGAAACUGUUUUUGCACCUGUGAUUCAAGCAGGGCUGGAGGCGCUGAAGGCAGCUGAGUGUGCUGGCAAGCUCUUCAUUUUCCACACCUCUCUGCCCAUUGCAGAAGCUCCAGGGAAGUUAAAGAACAGGGAUGAUAGGAAACUGAUCAACACAGAUAAAGAGAAGACUUUAUUUCAACCACAGACGAGCUUUUACAACAACUUGGCCAAGGACUGUGUGGCCCAAGGCUGCUGUGUGGAUCUAUUCCUGUUUCCAAACCAGUAUUUGGAUGUGGCAACACUGGGUGUGGUACCUUACCAGACCGGAGGCUCCAUUUAUAAAUACGCAUAUUUCCAGCUGGAGACAGACCAGUACAGGUUCCUGAAUGACUUGAGAAGGGAUGUCCAGAAAGAAGUGGGAUUUGAUGCUGUCAUGAGAGUGCGCACAAGCACAGGUAUUAGAGCAACUGACUUUUUUGGAGCUUUCUAUAUGAGCAACACAACUGAUGUAGAGAUGGCAGGUUUGGACUGUGAUAAAACAAUCACAGUGGAAUUCAAGCAUGAUGAUAAAUUGAAUGAAGACAGUGGUGCACUGCUUCAGUGUGCUCUGCUGUAUACAAGCUGUGCAGGACAGCGACGACUCCGCAUUCACAACCUCUCCUUAAACUGCUGCACGCAGCUUGCUGACCUGUAUCGGAACUGUGAGACUGACACCCUCAUCAAUUACUUGGCUAAAUAUGCAUAUCGUGGAGUCCUGAGUAGUCCAGUGAAGACUGUACGAGAUGCACUGAUCAACCAGUGUGCCCAGAUCCUAGCCUGCUAUCGAAAGAACUGUGCUAGUCCCUCUUCUGCUGGCCAGCUCAUCCUCCCUGAAUGCAUGAAGCUGCUUCCUGUGUACUUGAACUGUGUGUUGAAGAGUGACGUACUUCAGCCUGGCCCAGAGGUCACAACAGAUGACCGUGCCUACAUCCGUCAGUUAGUGACAUCCAUGGAUGUGGCUGAAACAAAUGUUUUCUUUUAUCCCAGGCUUUUGCCCCUGACCAAAGCAGAUGUUGACAGUGAUUCCUUGCCAGCAGCCAUUCGGAACUCUGAGGAGCGUCUCUCCAAGGGUGACAUCUACCUGCUGGAGAAUGGGCUGAACGUCUUUGUGUGGGUGGGAGUCAGUGUGCAGCAAGGCCUGAUCCAGAACCUCUUCGGAGUCUCAUCCUUCAGUCAGAUUAGCAAUGCCUUGAGUACCCUGCCAGUCUUGGAAAACCCCUUUUCAAAGAAAGUGCGAUCUAUUGUUGAUAUGAUUCAAGGGCAGAGAUCCCGCUACAUGAAGUUGAUAAUUGUGAAGCAAGAAGAUAAGCUGGAAAUGCUGUUCAAACACUUUCUAGUGGAGGACAAGAGCCUGAGUGGGGGGGCUUCAUAUGUGGACUUCCUGUGUCACAUGCACAAGGAGAUUCGGCAGCUACUGAGCUAGAGGAGUGAGUGGUGCUAGAACUCGGCAGUGACAUUUCAGUCUCCACUAAUGACCUGAUCAGAAGGCCCAGCGCCCUCAGAAAGGACAACAUAGAAAUCUGUACAAUUCCAUAAUUUUUAAUACACAUUGCAUAAGCAGAAAUCCUUUCAACCUUUCCCAAUCCCAUAUGAGAGAUGAAAUAUUUUCCUGGUGAGGGCUAAAACAAAAAAAAAAGGCCUUUGAUACCAGGUCUUUUAUUUGCAUUUAAAUUGUUUCCUGUGCUUGGCAGGAGUUCACCCCCCACCCCACCCCAUGCUCGCUAAUCCUGUUGUAAUGAAUGUAGGGUUUUUUUCAGUUCACUGUACAUGAUUCAACAUUGGGUGAAAAAGCGAUAACUCUUCAAAAUUUCUGGUAGCUGCUGUGCAUUUGCGUGGGUGUGUGUGCAUGCUCCAGGUGUCAAGAGGAUGCACAGGUGGGGAGGACAAGAGGCAGGUCAGGUGAUGGGAGCUGGAGCAGCCAAACAUUUUGUGUGUCCUCUAAGGAGGGAAACAUGAUCUGCCAGAGCACAGAUCUAUCAUGUGGCUGUCUGAACGAGAAAGCCAUGAAAAAUGAAACAAGUGGUAAGCCAGGAGGCAGCAGGGCAAACUUCUCUCUGCAAUAUUCCCAUACUGUAAGUUGCUGUGCAGAACUGUAAUGGAGUAAUCGAUAGUUAAGUGGGCAAAAAUCAACAGCUUCUGAGCAGUGUAGGGGUAGAGCCGGUACUUCCUGCUGACAUGUGUGGUGACUCCUUUCCUUCUCAUUGCACAGCUCUGUAUUGUCCUAGUCAAUCCAUGUUCCAUGACCUCUCCUGCAGAGUUUACCUGUCUGUCAGAUGGUGGUGGGAACAAAAGCUUCUUUACCUUAAGCAGAAAAUACUUUUAACAAGGUGAUGGGGGACUGUGUAGGAGCUGGAUGAUAAGGAAGUGGCCAUUUUCAACCAUAUGUUUGUGAAUCAUAGCAAACAAGCAGAAAUUUGAUUUAUACUGACGUGAAUUUGAGAUUUCUUUGUACCCUGGAAUACAAGGAAGGGGAUACAAAAGCAUAAGAUUUAGACUGUACUGUAAUAGGUAUUGCAAGUACCUGAUUUAGGUUAUUGACAGCACCUGGGCCAUAGCAAAGAGUUUCAUUACUGGAUGUUUGUACCCUCCACAUUCUAUCUACUGAUCAGCUUGCACAAAACCUUUUAUAAGCCUGUUUGUUAAACUAAAAUACCUCAGAUAGAUUAAUCCAUCCACUUUGGCUACUCUGCUGCUCCAUUUUGCAAGGGUGGAUGAGAAGACUCCUGUGAAGAGGGAGCUAGUGUAAUCGAAUUCAGAAUUCUAAGGGCUUCGUUUAUUCACUUUUGAAAGGGGGCUUGUAUAUUUUAACUUGAACACUUAACAGGUGUUCUUCCAAUAUCCAGGAGUUUAAGCUACCAAUAGUACUAAAAGUGAAAGGAAGAAUGUGGAUGGAUUAGAGAACAUGUUAUUUGGGUUUAAUAUCUCAUAGGAAAGUCCUUGUUAAUAUCAGAAAAAUAUUUGGCUGUGGUUUUAGUUCCAUAUCCUGUAGCAUGUAUAUAAAUCCAUUUUUCUUCUAAUGCUGCUAGUUUGUCUUCCCUCCCAUCACUACACAGAAAGGGGAACAUGAAAAUUGUAAUGGAGAAACUCUUUCAAGAUGUAGUUGACAGAACUUUCAGCGUUUUUGUAUGAAUGUGGCUGACUUUACUCCACAUACUGCCUCCAACCAAAAAUCUAGAGGAUUUUUAAUCAGAGGGGGAAAAAGAGCUUCCCAGGAAUAUAAUGCACAGCAACCACAGACUUCCACAAAUACUAAUUUAUAGUAUUAAUAUUGGGGGGUGUGGGGGUGGAAAUGAAAUCAUGAAUGAAACUUUCAUUUUCUUCACUUGUUUUUCCAAUGCAUCUUUUAAUUUGUAAAGAAAUAAAAAUAUAUUAAGAUGUA